AUGGACCCUAUCAAAUUAAGAUUUUAUAUUGAAAAAUACGCCAAGGAGAAUCGAGAAAUAAAAUUGCUAGAAACUUUCUACGCAACUCCCAAAACUAAGUCGAUCACUGGAAAAUUUUAUGCAAGACAUGAAGCAAUAACAUCAAUAGAUGCCCCUGACGAAUAUGUUGAUCUGAUAGCUAAGUCUCAAAGCUACGCGCCAAAAAGAAUUUAUAAAUAUAGACCACCUGCUGUUAAUAUGGACUAUGGUUGGUUCACAGAGCCAUUGAUACCAAGAUCUAAAGAUCCACGCCUGAAUUUUCCAGCUAAACAAUGUGCAUUUAUCAAAACUGAACUCCUAAUCCGACAUUUAAACAAGGGUGUUCCUGAGGAAAAGUUCAAAGGCGUCCCAUUUAAAUCAUGA